AUGGACAGUUACGUUCUUGUGCAAAAUCAGCCAGCAUUCGAUGCCGACGACGAACCCCGAAGCGAGGAGGCCGAUCUCAAUACGGACGAAUGGUUCUUGGAGCAGCCUGACGACGCGGAUAGCCGUCGCCGAUAUUCCAGCAGAGCGUAUACGGGUGGAAGAUCUUCAAUCGGCACAAUGGCUUGCGGCAUCGCCGGCCCCAUCGUGGCCCUCUAG